AUGUGGUUAGUUGACUACACCAAAGCGCCUCCACCUUUUACCGUCAGUGUUGAAGUUUGCGGCAAGCCGCUCCGCAUGGAAGUGGACACGGGGGCGAGCGUCUCAGUCAUUGCCAAGUCGCGUUUGCUACAGCUUCUACCUUCAAUUCCGGUGCAGCCGUCUCAAGUAUUUCUGCGAAGCUAUUCCGGGGAUUUAAAGAAGGUACAAGGCAAAGCUGAUGUCCAUGUAAAGUUUCAUGGCAAGGAGGCUCACCUACCGAUUUUUCUGGCCGGAAACGAAUCACCCACUCUGCUCGGACGCAACUGGAUGCAAGAAUUAGGCAUCGGCGUCUCCGACGUUGAAGUGAACAUUCAUGCACUUGCUGAUGUGAAACACGUAGUGCAAGAUUACACGGAAGUGUUUGAAGAAGGCUUGGGUACGUUCAAAGGUGCGACAGCUUCACUACAUGUACCUUCAGAUGCUCCACCACGGUUCUUCAAGCCACGCCCACUGCCGUAUGCUUUGACAGACGGAGUCACGCAAGAAAUUCAGCGAUUAAUAAGAGAUUCCAUCAUUGUUCCGGUGAAGACAGCUAGGUGGGCUGCCCCAAUUGUUCCCGUGACAAAAAGGGAUGGGCGCAUCAGAAUCUGUGGGGACUUUGGUGUCACCAUUAACCCAGUCGCGACGGUGGAACGCUACCCUAUUCCAAGGAUUGAGGACUUGUGGACUGUGCUGGCUGGAGGUGAGAAAUUUACAAAGUUGGACUUGCGUGACGCAUACCAGCAAGUCGUCCUGGAUGAGGCCUCUAGAGAGUACGUCACGAUUUCGACGCACAUGGGGUUGUUUCAAUACACCCGCUUACCUUUUGGGGUCUCAUCUGCUCCAGCUAUUUUUCAACGCGAGAUGGAGAACUUGCUCAGGGGUCUGCCACAUGUAGUGGUCUAUUUUGACGACAUUCUCAUAACUGGUGCAAAUGAUGCCGAGCACUGUCGCAACCUCCGUACGGUACUAAGCAAACUUCAAGAAUCUGGCCUCAAGUUGAAACUCGAGAAGUGCCACUUCUUCAUACCCCAAAUUGAGUAUCUCGGGCACAUUAUCAGUAAGGAAGGCCUCUCUCCGAACAUGGACAAGGUGUAUGCCAUUCUGCACGCUCCUGUGCCACAAGAUGUCAAGGAACUUCAAAGCUUCUUGGGACUCGUCAACUUCUAUCGGCGUUUCUUGCCCAACCUUUCUGCAAUUCUCCGUCCGUUGCACUUGCUUCUUGGUGAUGGAAAGAAGUGGCAGUGGGGAAAGGACCAGCAAGAUGCUUUCACUGCCUGCAAGCAUCUGGCUUCGCCAAGAGUGGUCAGAUGGGCCCUGAAGCUCUCCGCGUACAAUUACAAACUUGUCUACAGACCUGGCAAAGAGCUCGGGCAUGCCGAUGCGCUUAGUAGACUGCCGCUGCCCAACGAGUGCACUGCAUUUCCUCGCCCUGCUGAGAUCUUCAUGCUGGAGGAGGCAUAUCCACAACUCCUCUCACCAGCUGUUGUAGCACGAGCCACAAGGGACGAUCCGGUAUUGAGCCAUGUUGUCCUAUCUGUGUUGAAAGGAGAAAGCCUCCCAGCGGGACCAGAGUGGAAACCCUUCAGUGCCAGAAGUGCGGAACUCAGUCUCCAUGAAGGCUGUCUACUAUGGGGAUCAAGAGUCGUGAUUCCGAAAAAAUUGCUGGCCCAGGUACUUGGUGUGCUCCAUGCCAGCCACCCGGGUAUUGAGAAGAGCAAGAUGAUCGCCAGGAGCCAUGUCUGGUGGCCAGGCAUUGACAAUGACAUCGCAAACAGUGUGAAGAGCUGCGCUACGUGCCAGACUCAGCAUAGAGCUGCCCAGCCAGGGCAGCAGACACCCUGGCCUUUUCCACAGCGACCCUGGUCUAGGCUUCACAUUGAUUUCGGGGGACCAUUUCUAGGGCAUACCUUCUUGGUUAUAGUGGACGCCUUCUCGAAAUGGAUAGAAGUCUUCCCUGUGUCUUCCACAUCAGCAGACGCUACCAUUUCCGCCUUGAGAAUGGCAUUCGCCCAGCACGGCCUCCCUGACAUCAUAGUUUCGGACAAUGGUCCUGCUUUUACCAGUGCACAGUACCUGGACUUCUUAACUCGAAAUGGAAUACGUCGCAUGCUGGUACCGCCGUAUCACCCUGCGUCCAACGGUGCCGCAGAGCGAGCAGUACAGACUGUCAAAAACAAACUCAAGGAAUCUGGUUCGGGCAACUUCCAAACACAACUGUCCCGGUUCUUAUUCCACUACAGGACUACACCUCACGAAGUAACGGGUCGGCCACCGUGCGAACUCCUGACAGGGAGAGCCUUCAAGACACCGUUGGAUGUCUUGCGGCCAAGCCUGCAGACGUCGGUACUUCUCAGGCAACUUAAGCAGAAGUUGUAUGCCGACAGAGGAUCCCGGCCAACUCCGUCAUUGCAACCAGGAGACAGCGUGUAUGCGCGAAACUUUCGACAGGGAGCACCAUGGGUGUGGGCCAGCGUUGUCGACGUCACCCCGCCGUCGGCCCGCGUCAUUCUCGACGAUAGGUCUAUAUGGCACCGACACGGUGACCACUUGCGUCUUGCCCAGACAGGGCCACCGGGUACAUCUGAAACGGAUGCGCUUCACCAUGCUAGUGCUGCGGCCAUACCACAAUGGGAACAGCCUCCUCUCCUUGAAUCAACUGUUCCGGACAUGCCGGAGCAAGAGGCUGUCGAGCCGUCUACAAGUUCGCCUGAGAGGGGCUGUGCCAUAAACACUGACAUUACUGCAAGCAACAGUGGUGUUCAUGUGGGGAAUGACUCUUCCGUGGCUGCGCCUUGCACACCAGUGUUGCGACGCAGCAACAGGUCGAGGAAACCAGUGCUUAGGUACUCCCCGUAG